AUGCGGAUCACCGAGCAGCUCCUACGACAGCGUUCUGAGCAUAAUGACGGCAUCCUGUCGGAGUUGGAAGAAGUCGCACUGCAUCAAUUCGAGAUCGAAAAACUCGAGAAUGUCGACAAGCUGUGCAAGAACCUCAAAAUUCUUCUUCUACAAAACAACAUUAUAGAGAAAAUCGAAAACGUUCAGAGACUGAAAGCGCUGGAGUACCUGAAUCUGGCGCUGAACAACAUUACGAAAGCAGAGAAUCUCGCCGGAUGCGAAAGUUUGAAAAAGCUCGAUUUAACUGUAAAUUUCAUCGGCGUCACCGACCUAGAAGAGUCCGUCCUCAAUCUACAGGACAACGAAAAACUGGAAGAUCUCUAUCUCAUGGGCAACCCGUGCACCGAAUGGGAAAACUGGAGGCUGUUCGUCGUCGCCCACUUGCCGCAGCUGCGGCAACUCGACGGCAAGGUCAUUACACCGCGUGAACGGAUUGAAGCUGCGAGACGCCUGCCGUCUUUGAAAACGGAGUUGAAGGAAAAAAUCAAAGAGCAACAGAGUAAACCACAAAAAGAAGCAUCUUCGACUGCGUACACCACAGAAAACAGGAAGAAAAUGUACCUUGAGAUGGCGAGGGAGCGGGAAGAAAAAGAGAGGAAAGCAAACGAAGGCAAGAAGAAGGCAGGCCGCUAUCGCUUCUCGCUGGACCAGUCCUCUGAGCCUGACAAAAUCGUUCUCGAGCUUGAAGCUCCCAGGUACCUUUGCACAUCAGCAAUUGACGUAGAUGUUAAUCCAAAUUAUGUUCGCUGCACGAUCAAGAACAAAGUGACCCAGCUCCGAUUGCCGGCUGAAGUGCGCGUCGAAGACUCUCGAGUUCAGCGCUCCAAAGCGACUGGGCAUCUGCGCAUCGAAAUGCCGCUAGUCGAGCCUCCUCCGUCUGCGCUUCGGAAGAAGAAAGGCGCUGUCUCUCCAAUCUACGACAGAGACGACGAGAAGUCGCAGAUGGCGAGCAAACGUGGUUCUUCCCACUCGACGAAAGGAUCCACUUCUGACUCGGUAUCCAUAAAAGAAAUGCUGGAUGUGACAGGAAAGGCGACGCAGUUCAUGUCUGAGAACGCACGCGCGGCUUUCUCUGCAGAGAGAGAACUGCGUGAACUGUCAGAGAGAAAAACCGUAGCCGCAAUCGGAGGGUCUGAUGAUCAGUGUGGUGAAGCGUCAGAGGGGAACACCGCCGGAGAGCUUCCGCGAAACGGAGUCGCAAAGAGAGGAAAGGAGAAUCAUGCAGAAGCGGAGAAUUCGGUCAGAGCACUCUGCUGUACUGCGGCAGAUGUGGAGGAAAAGCGAACAGCCGACGAUGACGCUCUCCCUGAGUUGGAAACGGUGUAUUAA